AUGGAGGCAUCAGAGGCGUAUGUGUCCUGCGCUGGGGGGGAUAAUAGACCCGCGUCCUCGACUCAGCCUGUCGCGGACCUCAAGGCUCGCCCUGUCGUCAACCGAGACAGUGUUACCAUGAACCGAUUGAAGUUCCCUUACUACAACACUGGGUUCCCUUACUACAACUCCAGGUUCCCUUACUACAACACUGGGUUCCCUUACAACAACACUGGGUUCCCUUACUUCAACACUGGGUUCCCUUACUACAACACUGGGUUCCCUUACUACAACACUGGGUUCCCUUACUACAACACUGGGUUCCCUUACUACAACACCGGGUUCCCUUACUACAACUCCAGGUUCCCUUACUACAACUCCAGGUUCCCUUACUACAACUCCAGGUUCCCUUACUACAACACUGGGUUCCCUUACUACAACUCCAGGUUCCCUUACUACAACACUGGGUUCCCUGACUACAACACUGGGUUCCCUUACUACAACACUGGGUUCCCUUACUUCAACACUGGGUUCCCUUACUACAACACUGGGUUCCCAUACUACAACACUGGGUUCCCUUACUACAACUCCAGGUUCCCUUACUACAACACUGGGUUCCCUUACUACAACUCCAGGUUCCCUUACUACAACACUGGGUUCCCUUACAACAACACUGGGUUCCCUUACUUCAACACUGGGUUCCCUUACUACAACACUGGGUUCCCUUACUACAACACUGGGUUCCCUUACUACAACACUGGGUUCCCUUACAACAACACUGGGUUCCCUUACUACAACACCGGGUUCCCUUACUACAACACUGGGUUCCCUUACUACAACACUGGGUUCCCUUACUACAACACUGGGUUCCCUUACUACAACACUGGGUUCCCUUACUACAACUCCAGGUUCCCUUACUACAACACUGGGUUCCCUUACUACAACUCCAGGUUCCCUUACUACAACACUGGGUUCCCUUACUACAACACUGGGUUCCCUUACUACAACACUGGGUUCCCUUACUUCAACACUGGGUUCCCUUACUACAACACUGGGUUCCCAUACUACAACACUGGGUUCCCUUACUACAACACUGGGUUCCCUUACUACAACACUGGGUUCCCUUACUACAACACCGGGUUCCCUUACAACAACACUGGGUUCCCUUACUACAACACUGGGUUCCCUUACUACAACACCGGGUUCCCUUACAACAACACUGGGUUCCCUUACUACAACACUGGGUUCCCUUACUACAACUCCAGGUUCCCUUACUACAACACCGGGUUCCCUUACUACAACUCCAGGUUCCCUUACUACAACACCGGGUUCCCUUACUACAACACUGGGUUCCCUUACUACAACACUGGGUUCCCUUACUACAACACUGGGUUCCCUUAUUACAUUGAUUCUGAGUCAGGAUUUCCCUGGUCAUUCUGA